AUUCAUGAUAUCUAUCGGCAUUACUCUACAAUGCAUUUCUUAAACACACUUAUUACUAUAGUGGCUGCUACCAGACUUAUAAACGCCUAUCCACAAGUUAACUCUCUAAUAACCGACCGGGACGAAAUACGAAAGAAUAUUACCCUCCCAGCCGUAGAGAAGAUUAUUACUGCACUCGAAGACCCAGAUCGUAAAAUUCCAGAUCUAUGGGAGCAAGUAUACUCUCAGGUCGGAUCGUAUAAUGUCUGGAACGAGAUUUGGACCGAAGUUAUCCAUGGGUUCCACCGUAUCAAACUACCGAAGUAUUUGGAGACCAAAAAAGUUAGUUGUAACGACGACAAGCCGGAGAGCAAGGAGGAUUAUGAGCGUUCUUUGAUAUUGCUAUUCGAAUCUAUUCGACAGUCUCAUAUCUCCAACCUUCACGGCGAUCAACGGUACUCUCAUGAUUUAGUCCUUACAUCUGGCACUGUCAUGGCCUAUGGAUGUGACUAUGGCUGUGGGCAGACUAUACAUCUCAGCGAUCUCAUAGCCAUACAUGCUGCGAUCAUGAAUUCGUGUCCUGACAAUGGCGGGUCCCUUGGUAUAGAUGAAUGGCGCGCACUCUAUGGUGUUAGAAGCACAUUGUCCGACGCUUGGAGUACAUGUGUCCGCCGAACGGAAGAUAGACCAAAGUGUAAGCAUUGAACAUAAUAAGAGACGGAGA